CCGUGUCCGCCCGGACUGCCGCGGCUCAUUCACGGUUAAACUGCCCCUCUAAGUGAUCGCUCUUCUCAUUCAGUUUUAUUUAUUUGAUUAAGGCUCGGCAAAGAUGUCAUUAGUGUGCAAACCGAGGGUUUUUUUGAACAAGGCAUUAUCUUCUAUACGUUCUCUUAAUUCAAUGCCCAAAAGGAGCUUUUCUGAUGUUGAAUCUAGAGAUGGAUCGAAUUCCAAUAGCUAUGAGUCAAAGUUUUCUGCAACGACAUUAUUCCUUGCUAGGACUGCUAGCUUAGGCUAUAUUCUAGCAAAUUGCUCCCUGCAACUGCCUUACCAUUUGAGGAAUGAAGUUAUGUCUUCAACGAAAACCAAGGACGAAGAAUAUGAUAUUGCUAUAGUUGGUGGAGGCAUGGUUGGCUUAGCUCUUGCCUGUGGACUGGCAAGCAUGCAGUUGACUAAAGAAUUGAGCGUUGCCAUCAUUGAUAACAAUCCUGCCUUAAUAUCAAGCGAACACUAUAAGAAACAUGGGGUACCUUAUCCACGGGUCAGCACAGUGACUCCUGCAACAUUAUCUUUUUUCAAAGAGGUCGGUGCAUGGAAGUACAUAGAGCAACAAAGGCAUGCUUAUUUUGAUCAAAUGCAGGUGUGGGAUUACUCUGGUUUGGGCUACACAAGGUAUCAUGCAAGAGAUGUUGGCAAUGAGUACCUUGGUUGUGUAGUGGAGAACAUGGUGCUGUGUGAUGCUCUUUUGUCAUGUUUACAGCAGAAUUUGGACUUCCAGAUGUCAAUACACAAUGCUAGAAUAACCUCAAUGAAGUUUCCAUCACCGUUUACAUCCACUACAACAUCAAAAGAGCAAAUGCGACUGAAGGGUGAUUCAUCAGGAUUUGCAUCUUCUGGUUAUACUGUAGAACCAAUACACAAUGGUUCUUUUGUAAAGCUGGGCCUUAGUAAUGCGAAAAACAUCUAUGCCAAAUUAGUAGUUGGAGCUGAUGGCGCCAAGUCACAUGUCAGGGAGAAGGCUGGAUUGAAUACAACUGGUUGGAAUUAUCGGCAAAAUGCAGUCAUUUGCACAGUUGAGCACUCUGUUGAAAACCACUGUGCUUGGCAGAGAUUUCUGCCUUCUGGUCCCAUUGCACUCUUACCUAUUGGUGACAAGUUUAGUAAUAUUGUUUGGACAAUGAGCCCGGAAGAAUCUUUGACUCACAAAACAAUGAGUAGGGAUUCCUUCGUGAUGUCAGUGAAUUUUGCCUUGGAUUAUGGUUAUGGCUCUCACCCUCAAUCAAGUUUUCUCGAUGAAUUUGUGCACAGAAUAUCAUCUAUUUCUGGACAUGGUACAGCAUCAAUGGCAGAACCUUUCCAGGUGCCACCAGAAGUUACUGAUGUAGUGUCAGAAAGAAUGACAUUCCCUCUGUCAUUAAUGCAUGCUCGUGAGUAUGCUUCCGAAAGGGUGGUCCUCAUUGGUGAUGCAGCACAUGCUGUGCAUCCUUUAGCUGGUCAAGGAGUCAAUUUAGGGUUCGGCGAUGCAGCUACAUUAUCAAAAGUAAUUGAUGAAGGUCUCCAAGUAGGGGCUGACAUAGGAGAGCUUUCUUUAUUGAAGAAGUAUGAGAAGGAAAGGAAGGCUGUAAAUCUCACUAUGAUGGCGGUACUCGAUGGCUUCCAGAAGGCCUACUCAAUGGAUUUUGGACCACUGAAUUUCUUGCGGGCUGCUGCGUUUCACAGUUGUCAGUUUAUUGCUCCACUGAAAAGAAAUAUACUUUCCUAUGCCAUGGGGGAGCAAAAAUGGCCUCUUUUCACAUGGGAAACAAACAAUGGGGAAAGGAACAGUUGAGUCAGGGAAGGAAUUCAUCUGGUAUCAGGAACAAUUAGCAUUUUGGUACUUUUAAAUUUGGCUUUUGCCUUGUAGAUGCUGAAUUUCAUAGUUCUUUUUUUGUUUCAGGAAACCCAAACUAGACCUUGUUUUUUGCCAGUUGCCUCAGGUCCUCUGGAAUCUAUAUCAUUGAAAGUUACAUUUAACCUGAUUGUGAAAAAAUUAAUGCAAUAGGACACCAUGGAAAAAAAGGAUUCAUGUAGCCAACCCCACUUAGUGGGAUAAAGACUUGUUGUUCUUGUUGUUUUUGUGAAAAAAUUAAUGCUUUUGUAGAAUAGUUAAAAAAUGUUGCAAUGUUUACUGGUCAUUGCUUCACAUGAAAAACCCCUCCUA